GACGAAACCUCCUUGAACUUCAGCAACUUCCCAAAAAACCGUUGACUACUUGACUUUGGAGGAUAAAAUUCGCAAAAAUAAACAGAAUAGCGGUUUCCUGGUCAUUCCCUGAUCCCAUUCAGUAUACUCUGCAGUGAAUAUCAUCACUGUUUGAGAAUUUGUUUGUCACAUUGCGGAUUGUUUGUUUUGUGAGAUUUUCUUACAACCAAAAUCAUGACUGAAAUUUAUGACAACUGGGGAAGGCUGGUCAGAGCUACUUUACGCAGGGAGGAGCUACUGGAGAUCCCAAGUGAUUUGCCUUCGCUGUCCGGGGCAGCAACAACAACACCAUCUUACAGGUUGAGCUCAGAAAAUGGUGAAGAUUCAUCUUUUUUGGAGGAGGAUAAGUCAUUUACCUUUCCACACAAUCUAGGUGCCACUGAUUACUUGAAUGACUCCAAUCAAAGUCCACCAAGACUUGUGUAUAUCAAUGGGAGACCUCUUUCUCCACAAGAGUUGCUACAAUUGCAUUCUUGUAGGAAUCCGCCGAAGAAGAUUAAACCAGGGAGGUAUUGGUAUGACAAGAUUUCUGGAUACUGGGGAAAGGUAGGUCAUCCACCUAGUCAAGUUAUCAGCCCCAUGAUGGACAUUGGUGGUAUACUUGACCAAAAGGCUAGUAAUGGAAAAUCAAACGUUAUGAUAAACGGUCGAGAGAUUACUAAGAAGGAGCUGUGGAUGCUGCGGGUUUGCAUUCUGUGUCUAUAAUGUCAAAUCCUAUUUUUUAUUUGUUUCUGCUGUUUGGUCUAAUUAGCAGUAUCUCAUUUUUGAACAUUUUGCAGAUAGCCGGAAUUAAUUGUGAAGGACAGCCGCAUCUAUGGCUUAGUGAAGAUGGAUCCUAUCAGUUUGAGGCAGGUAGGGCUCAGGGGAAAUUAUGGGACAAGGUACCGGCAAAUUUCGAUUGACCAUUUUGUUUCUCUUUUAGUUCAUUUCCAGUAAAGUUGAUUGUGGUGGUUGGUAUAUAUUAAUUAGCUUAAAACAUAUGAUUACAGCCUAGAACCAAGUUUGCUUGUGCUGUAUUGUCUCUGCCAGUUCCUCCCUGAGUGCCGCGAUGAAGAUGUUAGCAUGGAGGCUGCCCAAGGGGACUCAAGUCGUUUACCUUUUUUUGUAUAAAUUCUUUUAGCAGUUUCCUAUCAAAACAGCUUGAAACUGUGGUUCACAAUGGCUUCUGUAGCUGGAACACCAGAACUUAAUCUAAUAAAGUGACUUGUUGGAAUAAUAGAUUCUGCCUUCACAAUGAAAUGCUUUCAAUACAGUCAGAGUGCGAGGACUCUAGCUCAUCUUCAUCUUACUACUAAUUGGCAAAUUCUUCUAUUCUAUUAACAAGUGCUGGUCAUCUUUUUCUGAUGGCAUUGUCAAUACUACAAGAUGAUAUUUAUAUCAUAAGUUCAUGGAAUUAUAAGAGAGGUGAGGAAUCGAAAAUGGUUCAUCCCAUAAUGGUUCGUUGGCUUACUCAUUGUCUUCAUUGGUUCUAUAAUUCCCUGAAUCAGCAGCAUUUCAAGUGAGCCCAUUGUGGCUUUUAAACUUUGUUGAUAAUCAACAAUUAAUAGAAUCCUGGAAAAAAGAAUCAUUUUGGUCUACUCUUCUGUGUUCUUAUGAAAUGCAACAUGUGUGAUGAAUUGUUUAAAACCAGUCCAUCAUCGAGCUGGACCAAAUAUUUCAAAUAACAGUUUCACGCUUGUUCAACAACUAAACAUGGUAGAAAUUACAAUUCUCCAAGGAAACCAAAUUAAACAGCAUUUAUAAUUACAUCAUGAUGAGAAAUGUCUUGUACAAUAUAUACAAUACUAUUAUCUGAUUUAUAGAAUUCAUCAACAGGGCGCAAAACGAUCCAUGAGCAAACAAAUUGUUGCCUCGGACAAGGUGGUCUCUUGAUCCGCGGCCUUGGCACUCGACGCCUGCGACUUAAAAGAAGAAGAAGAAGCAAAGGAGUGUUGGUUUCUAGUACUAAUUACUUUGCUGGAUUGAGCUUCUUCUUGUUGUUCCUCCUCCUCAGCAACUUCUGCUUUCUGGGAUCUUGAAAAAAAUAGUUUCCUCGGACGAACAACCUUCUCUUUCAGCUUGACUAGCUCUCCAACACACAAGUCCACAACGGUUGCUGCCAUUUCUGGGUUCUUUUUUUUGUUGAUUUCUUAGCUCCCCUGUUUCUGGGAAUUUUUAUACUAAAGGCACAAACUUCUCUUUUGAGUUUUCAGACUCUGAUGUGAAUAAAGAAGGAAGAAUGAAGAGGGAGUGAAUGAAAUGAAGUUGGGUUUUUUUUUUUUUAUACACAAAUUCAUCGAGUGGCGUAUGAAGAAACUGUGUGCAGAGAAGACCGUAAAACGGCCGGCCCACGGAUGUGGGAAUAGUAUUUAGAAUAUCUUUUCUUUUUGGAACACGGAUAUUCCUACUUUCUUGAAUGCUAAUUUGUCCAUCACUUCUUCGCUCUAUUAUUAUUUGUGUAGGGGUAAUUUUUUUGUGCCUUUUACAGAAUGCAUCAUUUUGCCCCUAUUUUAUUGGCACUUUCUAUCCUUUUUUUUCCCUUCUCUUUUCUCCAAAACACCUAUGCUAUUUAUUACUUUCUGUAUCAGAAUUAUCGUCCAGUUUGAGUUUUCACUUUUAGUAUAUUUUGUAAUAAAACUAAAAAAUCUAAAUUGGAAAAUAAUUUCGGGACGAAGAGAAUACCGGAUAAAGACUCC